AUGAUUGACGACAAGCGUUGCGUCGUUACAUUGAAGCAUUCUAUCAUUACCCACAAGAAAAUGAUCUGGUUCAAUGAUCAAGUUGUGAAGGAGGUCCAAGGCUUCCUCUCCGGAGAUUUUGACUAUGCUUGGUCUUCUGAAAAGCACCUUUUCAAGAUAGUUAUCAAGAAGGAGAAGAAGGUGUAUGUUUAUUCAUUGUUUGUAGAUGAUACUCCGUUUGAAGAUCUACCCAGUUUCAAGGAAAAGGAUAAGAUCGAAACUGAUGAUAUUGUUAAUCGUUUGAAGAAUGGCCCUGUGAUCAAGUCUUCUAGCCAGGAGGAAGAGCAGGAGGAAAAGGAAGAAGAGGAAGAAGAGGAGGAGGAGCCCGUUAAUGAGGAGGAAGAGGAUGAGGAAGAGGCUGUGUUCUUCUCGAACAAUGGAGAUGCAGCUGACGAAGACGAUAACUGGCUCGACUUCGGUGCGAUCUCUCUCCAGCCUGCUGCUGAAGCCGUUUCGGAGUCAGGCGCGUCGACUGCGGACGCUCCGAAGCAGAUGAGCGAAGAAGAAGUGAAGAAGAAGCGUGUCGAGGAAUACACGGCGGGUCUCGUGGAUCUGAACUUUUUCUAAGCUUGUUUUGCUAACUCUGGCUUGAGA